UGUGUGCAUGUAUGUAGUCAGUCCUCUCGGGCUGACAGUUACAGUCAGACAGUCAGACAUAAACAUAUCAAAGGCAUGCUACACCAGAGGAGCUUCAGAAAAGCCUGUGCUCGAGGCACCCAAGGGUGUGUCAUCUCCUCUGGCAGCAACGGUGGACUACAAUUCUCUCAUUCCUCAGAUAGGAUGUUUCUGUGGGCAGGUAGUAAAGCCACAGAUGGAAGAAAUGACCGCAGAUCCAUCUAUCAGAAGAUUCGUGAAUAUGACGUCCUGGACAAGAGGAAGACAGUGACAGCUCUGAGGGCAGGAGAGGACAGAGCCAUACUGCUGGGCCUCAGUAUGGUCCUUCUCUCUGUCAUGAUGUACUUUGUCCUGGGAAUCACCAUACUGCGCUCUUACUCGGACAGUGUAUGGACAGACGAGGCUAACUGUACUAUUGUCAACUCCACCAUUGUGUGGGAUGUAAACUGUUCAUACAGCUGUGGAGCAGAAUGCUGGAAGAGUUCCCGUUAUCCCUGUCUCCAGGUGUAUGUCAGCCUCAACUCCUCAGGAAAGGUGGUACGACUGUUGCACAACGAGGAGACGCAGGACAGCAGUCCUGAGUGCUUCUACAUCCCAAAGUGCCUUAAGGACUAUGCAGCCACACAUGUGAUAGUUCAGAACAUUUCUGAGCGUCUCAGAUCUCAGCACACAGUACAGUGUUUUGUGGACCCAACAGACAGAAUGGACAGUGCCAUCCUGACACAGAUCUAUGGUCGAGUCGCCGUCUUCCACUCCCUGUUCUGGCCAACCUGCACCUUGAUUGGAGGAACCAUCAUCAUUGCCAUGGUGAAGCUGACCCAGUACCUGUCUAUCAUGAGCGAGCGACUAAACCGCAUUAAGAGGUGAAGGGUGGGAAGGCCAUAAGUUUAAAGGGAAGUUCCCGUUAAAUGGGCACGUGGACAACUGAAGGAUCUUCAUGGGGCCAAGACUGAAAGACAAAGUGGAGGGAAAGCUGAAAUGUGACAGCUGGAAUGCUGGGAUUCUCAGUGACAAUCUAAAAGCAGCUAGAAGCAUACAUUUCUAGUCAGUAAUUUCUAGGAUUUGUGCAAAUGUGAAAUAAUGUUUUUAAGCACCCUAUUCUGCGAUCUCUAGCUUCACAAGGCUAGUUGUUACAGGAAUAGUUCAUUUUUGAAAAUAUGCUUAUCCACUUUCUUGCCAAGAUGAGAAAAUGGACAUCACUCUCCUAUCUGUGCAUUAAAUAUGAAGCUACGGCCAACAGCCAAUUAGCUUAUCUUAGCAAACAAACUGGAAUGAUAGAGAACAAACAUCUGGCCUGGCCCUGUCCAAAGGUAACAAAACACUACCAGGACCUCUGAACCUCUACUUAAUUAACCCUAUAUAUCUUGUUUGUUUAAUGCAUGCUUGCUGUUUUCCCCUGUUACCAAUCUUUGUGUUAAGCAAAACUAACAAGCUGCUGAUAUUGAUCUUCUCUUCCAAUUCCCUCAAGAAAGCGGUUGAGUGUAUUUCCUAAAAUGUCAUUCUAUUUUUUUAAAGACACAUCUUCUUAAAGGACACCUAUUAUGCUUUUCCAUAUUUUAUGACUUAUCUACAAUGCUGGAUGUUCAUGUUAAACAUGAUCAAAGCUUCAAAUAAUGAGGUUAAAAUAUUUAAAAGAAAUCCCUGUGAGCAAAAACCUCAGAUUGUCUUCCUGUUCUGAAUGCUCUGCUCUGAAUCUACAGCUUUUUCUACCAGUGACUUUGUUCUACAACACACGAAGCUAGACGGAGCUGGUAUUCAAUAUAUGGUCAUUUGCUCCUCACACCUAUACUCAGUCUGCCAGUACCACUCAGCGGCAACAACAGCCUGGUAACAUGCUUCAGGUCUUGGCCAAUCAGAAGAUAGUGGGCUUUGAAAGGGGGGCCUUAAAGAGACAUGAGCAUUUACAGCUUGUUUCAGACAGGGGCUGAAAUGAA